AAUAAACAGCCGUUAAAAAAAUAAAUAAAUAAAGUACAGCUUUCUGAGUCCAUCCUCAUGCUCCCUGGAUGAUUAUUCUCAUGCAGGGGACGGGGUUCACAGACCUGACUUGGAGAAACAUAACUCUAGGGAGUGAUGAGUGGAAGAGUCCUCAGUGAACAAUGAAGUGAGGAGUUAAUGGUGGGAUUUAGAUGGGGGCCUAGCCCACAUGGCCCUCUGCUCUUUAUGGAGCUGGGCACCUGUUGGGACCAGCCUACUUCCCUACCUUUUCCCCAGGACAGUGCGUCCCUACCUUUUCCCCAGGGAAGUGCUUCAGGAGGAGAGAUGUAUACCUCCAGCUCUCUGAUUUCUGGUUCACAGGUGGGAACACUGAGGCCCAGAGCUCAGAACGCAGGGGUCAAGCCCUCUGAGAGGGAAACAGACAUAAAGCGUGCUGGUUCUGGUCUCAAGGCAGUUCUACAGGGAUGAGAGAAGAUGAAGAUGUGGCCUGAAUUCAGGGUUCUGGUCACUGUAAGGUUGGCCCAGCAGCAGACAAGUCUGGGAGGGCCCAGAUGACUGAUCAAGGGCCCAGCAACUCAAGGCAAGUUAAACAUCUGAUUCAAGUCCCAGCUGUUGAGUCUAGCUUUGUGACCAUGGGCUAGUCACUAAAUCCCUUGGAACCUCAGUUCAUUUGUUUGUAAAACGAGGAUAAGAUCUCUGUCUCAGGAAGCUGUAAGAGAACUAAAUAAGGUAGCGUGCUCAGCAAAGUGUCUGGCUCUCAGAAGACUCUCAGUAAUUGAGGGCAUUUAUUCAUAUCAUAUCACUUCCAUUCAGUCUUCAUCCAACCCUGUGAGGUAAGUACUAUUACCUCCAUUUUUCAGAUGAGAAAAUUGAGGUCCUGUGGCAUAAAGUAAAUGUCACAAGGUCACUGCUAGGAAGUGAGUGAGACAAGAUUCAAAGCCAGGCAGUCUGGUUUCAGAGACGGGACACUUAACCACAAUGCUACAUUGUUUCUCUGGGCCUCCGUUCCCAUAUCUGUAAAAAAGGAAUCUAUAUAAUAGAACUUUUAUUGCGAUGUUGAUGCGAAGUUUGAGUUAAUGUAUGUAAAGAGCUUAGGAAACUGCCUUUUAUUUAGCAAGUGCUCAGUAAAUGUGAGCUAUCUUUUUUAUUAAAGAGAAACUUUAUCAGGCAGUCUGUCCAGAGAUGGUCUGGAAAGGAGGUAGUGACUGCCUCAUCCAGAGACAGGGAAGGAUCCCCUGGGAACUGUAGGGGGAAAUUCAAACCACGGGGAAGGUUGGUCCUCAAGCCCUUUAACUCACCUUCCAGCGCCAGCACUUAGUGGGAAAAGUGAAAAGAACCAAGCUGAGGGUGGAACAGAGUUGUGUGGGAUUGGGGCCAAAAACCAGAGGGGAAAUGCAGGAAGAGCUUCCUGGGGGGAGUGGGGCUCAAAGGAAGGAUUGGUGGGAUUUGUAACAGCCAGGAAGGACCUGAGAGUUUGCGUGGUAUGAUGGAAGUCAUGGAAAAUUAUUGAGCAGGGACAAAGUGUCACAUGAUACUUUAUGAAGAAGCUGUCUGUGCACAUAGCAGAUGAUGUGUAGGGGUGGGGACUGAGGCAGGGCCACUAGGCAGAAGGGUGCUGACUAUAAAGAUGCAGCCCUGGCUGGGUCAGAACUUCCUCCCUGGGUCAGAACUUCAAAGCCACCAAACCCUGAGGUAUACAGAUGAGGAAACAGGCCUAGAAAGGAGCAGUAGAACUCAGGCUUCUUACCUCCCAGACUGGAUUCUGCACACACCUGGCUCCCCUGCCCUGUCUAUAGCAGCAUCCUCCCUCCCCCUGGCCACCCCCAGCAGCUGCUGUUGAGCCCUUCCUAAGUGGAUCUGCCCAUAAUCCUCUUCUUUUCAUCCCCUAGGGAGGAUGAGCUGGUGUUAAGACUAAUGCAGCCAUUAAUCCUAUUUCCUCCCAGCCUUGAUCCCCAGGAGCAGCUGGAUGGAGGGUGUCUGGGCUAUGAAUGAGAAAGAAGGGGGCUUAUCCAGAGCAGGUGUCCCAGGAGGCCAGGCUAAAUCAGAUAUAUUGAUUAUACUGAGACACAUGUAAUUGCUAGCAAUGGCUCAAGCCACCUUGAGAGUAACUGAGCUCCCCAUUACCAGAGCUAUGGGAGCAGGAGCUCAACAGCAAUUCCAGAGCAGAGGGUGGACCAGGAUUCCUGUCUAGGGUGGAGUACCUUACAGCUGUGCAAGGCCAGAAUUCUGUGUGAACAGUUGCUGCCUCUGAAAGCUAACUAACCAGAAGGGAAAGACAAAAUACAUACACUGGGGACCUACUUCUUCCAGACAGACGGUGCCAAUCACCAGUUAGCCCACUAGUUCUGCCUUCUUCUGAACCUACCUCUGUCUUCUCUGGGCACUUGGCAACCUUCAGGUCUGACCCACAUCUACGUAGCCUCUGUAUCUGCAGGCAUGCAUAGGACUCUGUGUCCUGGCACAGGCCUUAGAUGCUGAGCUGGAAAAGGAAGAUGGUGAGAUGGACGGAACUUGGGCCUUCUGGGAAUGUGCAGGGUUUGGAAAAGCCCAGAGGCUGGGGAGAGAAGUGCAGGUGCACAUUUUGGUAACUCCAGACUCCUCUCUUAGACCCUCAGAGGUUACCUGGUCCAACUUCCUUCCUCAAUGAACAGACCAGACAGGAAACUUGAGUGCAGAGUGUUAGACCCAGGGGUGUUUGGAAAGAAGGAUGUGGCCAUCCCCCAUGGGAAAUGCUGAGAAGCUCCGCCCUCUGAGGCCAUGGAGGUGGAGUCUACGGAGGCCCGGUCAUCCUCCACCCUCGGCUACAAGCGAUCCGGCCGUCGCUACAAGUGCCUGUCCUGUACUAAGACAUUUCCAAAUGCGCCCAGGGCAGCGCGUCAUGCUGCCACCCAUGGUCCUGUAGACUACACAGAGGAGGUGGCGGAAACGAAGCUGAAGCCGGAGACAGAACCCAAAGCAGAGGACGCCAGCGGGGACAAGGUGUCAAGUGCAUCGGCAAAGCCUCGGCCUUAUGCAUGCCCGCUGUGCCCCAAGGCCUAUAAAACGGCACCUGAGCUGCGCAGUCACGGUCGCAGCCACACUGGUGAAAAGCCCUUCCCUUGCCCCGAGUGUGGCCGCCGCUUUAUGCAGCCAGUGUGCCUGCGUGUGCACCUGGCCUCACAUGCUGGCGAGCUGCCCUUCCGCUGUGCUCACUGCCCCAAGGCCUAUGGCGCGCUCUCCAAGCUCAAGAUUCACCAGCGUGGUCACACGGGCGAGCGGCCCUAUGCUUGCUCCGAUUGCGGCAAGAGCUUCGCCGACCCUUCCGUGUUCCGCAAGCACCGGCGCACCCACGCGGGCCUGCGGCCCUACGGCUGCGAGCGCUGCGGCAAGGCCUACGCUGAGCUCAAGGACCUACGCAACCAUGAGCGGUCCCACACCGGUGAGCGCCCCUUCCUCUGCUCGGAGUGUGGGAAGAGCUUCUCCCGCUCGUCCUCUCUCACGUGCCACCAGCGGAUCCAUGCGGCACAGAAGCCCUAUCGCUGCCCAGCCUGUGGCAAGGGCUUCACGCAGCUCAGCUCCUACCAGAGCCAUGAGCGCACUCACUCGGGCGAGAAGCCCUUCCUGUGCCCGCGUUGUGGCCGCAUGUUCUCUGACCCCUCAAGCUUCCGGCGCCACCAGCGGGCCCACGAGGGGGUAAAGCCUUAUCGCUGCGAGAAGUGCGGCAAAGACUUUCGGCAGCCCGCAGACCUGGCCAUGCACAGGCGGGUGCACACAGGCGACCGGCCGUUCAAGUGCCUGCAGUGUGACAAGACGUUCGUGGCGUCUUGGGACCUCAAGCGCCAUGCGUUGGUCCACUCAGGCCAACGGCCUUUUCGCUGUGAGGAGUGUGGGCGAGCCUUCGCGGAGCGAGCCAGCCUUACUAAGCACAGCCGGGUGCACUCAGGUGAGCGCCCCUUCCACUGUAACGCCUGUGGAAAAUCCUUCGUGGUAUCGUCCAGCCUGAGGAAGCAUGAGCGGACCCAUCGGAGUAGUGAGGCCGCAGGGGCUCCCCCUCAACAGGAGCUGGUAGUAGGGCUGGCACUGCCUGUCAGUGUGGCAGGCGAGGGCUCCACGGCCCCGGCAGCAGGUGCAGGGCUAGGGGAUCCUCCAGCAGGGCUGCUAGGGCCCCCUGAAUCAGGUGGUGUGAUGGCCACCCAGUGGCAAGUGGUAGGCAUGACGGUGGAACAUGUGGAGUGCCAAGAUGCUGGGGUUGGGGAGGCUCCUGGUCCCUUGGCAGGGGUGGGCGAGGUGGGAGGUGAGGAAGUUGACGAGAAGCCACCGCAGUUUGUGUGCCGGGAGUGUAAGGAGACGUUCUCCACGCUGACGCUGCUGCGACGGCAUGAGCGCUCACACCCAGAGCUCCGGCCCUUUCCCUGCACCCAGUGUGGCAAGAGCUUCUCUGACCGGGCUGGGCUGCGCAAACACAGCCGCACCCACAGCUCUGUGCGCCCCUACACCUGCCCCCACUGCCCCAAGGCCUUCUUGAGUGCGAGCGACCUGCGCAAGCAUGAGCGUACCCACCCCGUUCCCAUCGGGACCCCCACGCCCCUCGAGCCCCUUGUGGCUUUGCUAGGAAUGCCUGAAGAGGGACCAGCGUGAAGCCCAUGCCCCGCCACCUCACUCCCAGGAGCCCAGGCCUCACGGGGUGCGUCCUGAACCUCUCUUUGCCCCGGCUCACUCUUUAGACUCCAGAUCCCUGCCCCACCCCCGGGCAGCUAGCUCUCCUUGCCAACAAAGAGCUGGGGACGAUGGAGGUGGCAGCUAUUGAGAGAUGUGUGUCUCUCUCUGAGUAACACUCAUUAAAGCAUUCACUUUGACACUGAGUUGUCUUCUGUGUUUUGGUUUGGUGGAAAGGGAGUGGGAGUUUGGACAUCAGAUAAGGUUCAGUGGAGACCCCUGGAUUGACAGAUAAGAAACUAGAAGGGUCUUUGGAUGCAUUGUUUCCCAACAUAUGUUUUCAGAAUGUCUUUUGAAAAAGGGUUCCCUGGUCAAGGAAGUACCAGGAAUUUCCUGUGCCCUUCUUGGGGAUUGUUGGUGAUCAAGAGUGUACUAAAGUCAUUGAUAAAUCCUACAAUGAACAUCUGUUUAGCUCUGCCCAUAGUUAUUUCAUCCUGGAAACCUUUUACUGACUAGUUCUGUCCUUUUACAGAUAACACAGAGGUCCUAAAUUAGUAUAUUUCCUGUAUACUACAGUAAUAAAUUAGAAAAACUACUUGGGGGACAAAGAGGGACAAACAAAACCCAUAAACUACGAAAGAAUAAACCUCACAAGAAAUAUGCAAAACCUAUAUGAAGAAAAUGGUAUCACUGUCCUGAAGGUUUUAAGACCUAACUAAAUGGAGACAUACCAUGUACCUGCAUGGAAAGACAUUCUCCCUAGUCUAAUCCUUAGAUUCACUGUCACCCAAAAAGAUUUAUUAACACAACUUGAAACCCCAAAACUCCUGUAAUACAUUUAAUGGAGGUGAUGUAUUUGACAUACUAGAUAAACACCAAAGCACUGAAGUUAAAAUAGGUUAUUAUUGGCACAAGAAUAAAUCAGCCAAUGGAGUUGGGGGUGGGAGGGUUUAGAAACAGCCCUAUUUCUGAGAAUUUAGUUUAUGGUAAAUAUGAUUAUUCAAAUCAGUGGGGAAAGGAUGGCUGUUAAAUUACAGUCCUAUCCAUAAUCUGGAGGACUACACAACUUUUUAAAGACCAAAAAAAAAAAAAAAA